UCCCCUCCCUCCGCAGUUUGCCAUCGGACGUCGCGCGGCGUGGACGUGUUGUCGCGCGCGCGCUCGCGAAUGUAACGAGGGAACGGUUGUGAGCUCGCGCGGUAUCGCGCCGUGAAUAUAUCGCCGCCGCAACGGGGAAUUAUGUCGACACGGAGAAAUGGGUAACCUGGCGACGCUACUAGUGAAGUUCGGUGCCGCGUUCCUCCUCGCCUGUCAUGCGGAUUACAGCCUGGCCCAGGACAACGCGACGGCUGGAGAAUGCAUCGAGUCCGAGACGGGAUGCAAGAGAUGCAGGGACGGGACGUGCGCCAGAUGCGCCGUGCUGCUGUAUCAGGGUACCUGCGUGCAUACCUGCCCACCGGGCUUCGUCGCCGACUGGUCCACCCGGGACGAAUACAUGGGCCGCAUCUGCCGGGAGACCGGCUACAUGUUCGGCCUCACCGGUAGCCAGGUUGCGAUUCUGGUGGGGGUGGUCUCCGGCGCUACCAUCUGCAUCUUCAUCAUCCUCUGCGGCGCGAUAGUUGUGCAUCGGCGUAAGAAGAAGGCGGCGAAGCUGGCCCAGCAGUUCGAAGACAGCGCGGAGAGGAGAGAGUUUCUGAAACACCUGGCGACGCUCCGUGGAGAGGCCAAUACUUUCCUCGCUAUGCUCAACGACACCAGAAGACAGGUUCGAGAGUUGUACUAUUCGGGAGGUAACGGAGACGGUGCCGUCGGAAUUCAGGCCUACAGACCAGUGCUACGUGACCUAGCGAGGAUAUUGGUCCUCGUGAAUAGGAGAGAUGAUGAGAUACCACUUCCGCCCGACGAUUGGCAACGAUUAUUCUCGUGGGCAGAGCGGCUGCUGAGAAGAUACAAAAGGCACAGUUCUCCAGAAGUGGCUCAGCUCGUGACGUUCCUGCAGCAGCCGACGAGCAACCCCGUCCAAAUGACCGCGUCACCGGCGCAACCGAUCGCGGCGUCGCAACCGCCGCCUCAUCAGCCCGUGUACGAGCCGCGAAGCACCCCCACUAAUCUCACCACAUUCCAAGCGAACGUGCCGCUCGCGACGUUUCAAGCUAGCGACAAGUCGAGCAUCAGUCCGGCGAGUUCGAGCCUCGGCUACACGAAGGACUGCAGUCCCCUCGGCUCGAGUCUGGGUCAGAACAGCGCUUCUGGCGUUUACAACAGCGAGAAGCUCAGCCCGAACGGCUCGACAAUCGGCCAAACGACACCCCUCGUCUACGGUAGUAACCUGAAGCGAGGAGGAUCGAGGACGACGAGUGACUUGCAUCUUCAGGAACUGCAGACGAUCUCUGCGUUUAAUCGCAGUUACAAUGGUGGCGCGCUACCCUUGGAGACCAACAGCAUCCGUGCGUUGCACGACGAGUGCGAGGUGAACGACGGCCUGGACCGCGACUUGAAUCCCCAAUGGAAGUUUCAGAGCAGCCCCGUAGAGGCGGCCAAUUACACCAUUUUGUCAGACUGGUCGCCCGCUCGCGACUAUCUCAUCGACGACUUCACGAUUCUUGGUUUUCGACCACAGGACGAAAUCACCACGGAAUUGUAAUAUCGACUGGUAGUGAUACAUAUUCAAACAAGACUUGUAUAGGGGUGGUUACGAAUGCUCGCAUGUUCCAAAUGUCGUCGUUUAGACAAUCGAUUUCGACUUUCUUUUUUUCAACAAUUUUUUGACAAUCCUGUAAUAGUGUUACGAUAUUUGUCAGUUGUCUUACUCGUGAAAAAAUAUCGUACGAAAUAAUAAUACCUAUUACAUCUGGACAGUUUAUACUCAAUAAUCGGCAUAUAUUUCCUAAUUAUCGAUAUUAUCGGUAAUAUCGAUAACUAGGAAGUAUAUGAGUAAUAAAUUAUUCCAUGGUCAAUAUUGAGACACAGAUAAAUAUCGUUAAAUGUACGAAGAACUCUCAUCACACCACUGUGGAAGAAAUAACCAUAUAAAGGAUUUGCCAUCUGUAAAAUCCAGGAGUAAACUCCAGUGGGCCUAUUCCGUAACUCUUAACGACAGUUUCGUUAUCGUUAUACUUGCGUUGUGCAGAUAUUAUGUAUAGUAAAAAACCUGCGCAACGACAAUAUAACGAUAACGAAACUGUCGUUAAGAGUUACAGAAUAGGCCCACAGGUCUUCAUUUUAUUUCUUUAGGACGAUCUCACGUGAAAUGUUGAGUAUUAAUGAUACAUUUUCAUAAAAUCUCGUUGGAUUUCUACAAAAUUGUAUUUAUGUUCUAAAUAUUGAGUUAUUUUACAAAAAAUUAUACCUUUAAUUUGUAUAUAUUCAAGUACACUGUGCAAUAGAAAAGAUACAAUGAUACCAAAUUGUAAGAGUUUUAUAUAAAUAUAGAUUGGUCUUUAUUCAAUUCCUCUGCAUUGUACACGUCUAAUAACAAUCAUUGUAUAUUAUAUAGUGUACUAGUCAACGUUUCCGUUUGUUCAUUCGAAAAGCGCAUCUUUGCGAUUUUCAUAUUUAUUUGCUUGCUUUACGCCUGCAUUUACCUAUUUGACUACAACGACUCAUUCGAUUUUGUUCUCGUGACUAAUUUGUAAUUGUACAAAUUUGUAUGCAAUCAAUGAAAAUGGAACUGAUCACAGUGUCAUGUGAUUUCCGACAAUGCGCACUAUAAUGUUCGUUAUAAACUGCGUUUUAAGAACUCGUCACAUUUCACUCGGGUUGCCGAGUGGAUGCUGUGUAGCGACGACAAACAUGACGACAAAGUGGGGAAAAGCGAAUUUUACAGUUACAAUUUUAUUUAUAUAUGAACGAACACACAUAUAUACGCUACACACACUAUUGAGUUGAACGUGUCAUUAUAUAUACGUAUGACCAAAGUGGUCACUUGUACAAAUUGAUGUAAAUAUUGAUUAAUAUUUUAGUAAUAAAUAUAAGAAAGUAUCAAAUAUA